AUGCGGCAUUACAGAACCAUUGAUGAAAAAUUUCACAACUGGAGAAGUAAAACCGAAAAAGAAGCAUACCUAACAGCAUUUUCCUCAAUGAACUGGAAUGAGGGCAAAGUAAUUAGUAAAGAAGGGAAAGAAGAUCACUCUGACGAAGGGCUAACGCUCGAAACGUCAGCUUUUUUACCCUUUACGGUGGCUAAUUUACGUUUUCAACCCAGUUUGUCAAAAGAAGGAAACGAAGAUCAACGAAGGGCUAACGCUCGAAAAGCUUUAAAGAUUAAAGAUUUUUUUUUACCUAAAAGUUUAAGCAAAACUGAAAGGAUUUUACGGUGGCUAAUUUACGUUUUCAACCCAGUUGUUAACACUAAAUUACCUUGAAUAAAAGACAGGCCUGGCAGCUGGUCAACGAGUGAUCUUCUUUCCCUUCUUUACUAAUUACUUUCGUCAGAGCGAUCAAUCGCUCUGACGAAGGGCUAACGCUCGAAACGUCAGCUUUUUUACCCUUUACGGUGGCUGAUUUACGUUUUCAACCCAGUUGUUAACACUAAAUUACCUGCUAUACUCUCCCACCGACGCAGCACCACAGUUUCUUUAGAAACUUACCCCUUUAUUCAUUUGUCUUUUAUUCAACUCUUAAUUACAAUCUACCUUCCCUAUAAGCAAGUUUUGCAGAGGGGCUAGGAAAGGACCUCUGACUGAACUUAACACAAAUGUCAAGAGACAAUGUCAGAGAGAACCUAAGGUCACAAAAAGGAAAUUAAAAAGCAUUGGGGAAGCAAUCUAUGCCACUUACAAUGAAAAAUGCCAGGAAAACUUUCAAAAAUCACUUAGUGACAUUCUAGUGCUUGUCCCUGAAGCUGGUCUUCAAAAAAAGCCUUCACCUGCUGAAAAGAAAAAAAUGAAGAGGAAUGAGCAAAGGCAAACAAAAAAAGAACUAGAGACCAAAAUGACAGUGCUGUUCACCUUAGCCUUCAUCAGUAUUACAGUUCAAGACAAGUCCAAAGAAUGGCCCUGUCCUUUGAAACCUUUGAAGAGGCCAAGGAGAGAGCAAAAACGACCCCACCAAAGAUCAGGGAACGAUCCCACACAGCUUCACCUGCUAACAUAG